GUGACAAAAAUCAACAACAGUUUUGGAUUUUGUGAGAGUUUUAGGCGAAUUAUUUCCAAAUCUGUCGUGUAAUUUUAUUAAUUUUUGGCUCGAAACAUGGAGUGAACGAAUUUCUCAACCCUUUUCAGCUUGCAUUUCCAGCUCUUGGAUCGAGAUUUGGCCGUAAUUUGUACAACCCGUAUAUUGUUCCGGUCGCAAAGAACGGGAUUCAAUUGUGGUGACGCUUUGGUUUCUGAUCAAGCUCCAGUGCACCAUGAUCCUCCGCGUUGUGGAUGCGGUCAAAGUUAUCGGAACACGACAGAAUCUCGUACCGUAUCUGACGCUAUGCCACCGGGUUAACAACCAUCCGCAGAUUGGAGUCCUGACUCUGAGGAAACUUUCGGUGCUAAGUAAUACUAGGAUUUCGAACAAAUUCACUAUUAAUAUAAGGAAAAUCGAUAAGAAGCAACCCAGUAUUCCGAGGCUAUCGUAUGGCACACAAUCGACGAUGCCUCCCAAGGAGGACAAAAAGGAUGCGGCCGCAGCGGAACAGUCCCAAGAGAAGACGCUGGAAAUAAACACCAAAAGUGGGAAGCUGCUGGUCACGACCAAGACGACGGCCGAUUCUAAGCUACAGGAGGUGGUCAUAGAGAAGCCGAUAAACCUAAUGAAGAGCGCCGCGGAUGCAACUGCUGCCAAAGAGGCCCUGCAGCUUUCGGCCUCAGUCCUCGGGGAAGAUGACCAAAAACGGAAAGUCGAAUCCGAUCAGAAGGAAAAGCUUGCCGAAAAGAAUCGCCAGCUGGCGAAGAAGCGUAUUCAGGUGGAUUUCUCCCGCUCCUCCCUGGAGCGCAAUUUCAUUACCCCGGUGCGAGCAAUGUCCGAUUUUCUGCUGAAGCCAUCCGACUUGGAAGCACUGCCAAAGACCAAACGAAGAUCCCCCUACGAACAGGAACCACCCAUCACGGUGUACUGGCGCAAGGACGUUGAAGCGAAGGCCAUCGAGGUGUGGGGCUCCCGGGAGAAUCUGCUGAAGGAGUGUCUGAAGAGGGAGAUCGAAAAGAAGCGUCAUCAGCAAAAUAUUUUUACUGUGAAACGGAGGUUGCGUGACUACCGCAGGGAGAUUGGAAGUCGGACGAACGUGGUCGAUUCGGAACCGGGGCUGUUCGGGAAGUCCGGGAAGGUGGUGCUGACGGCAAUUGCCAUUAACGCCACCAAUUGUUUGUUCAAAUUCGGUGCUUGGCUGUAUACCGGUUCGCACAGCAUGUUCGCGGAAACGAUCCACUCGCUGGCGGACACCAUCAACCAGCUCAUUCUGGCCUACGGGAUCCACAAGAGCACCCAGAGUGCCGAUUCGGACCAUCCGUACGGCUAUGCCAACAUGAAGUACGUGUCGUCGCUGAUCUCCGGAGUGGGAAUUUUCUGUGUCGGAACCGGACUGUCGUUCUACCACGGGAUUAUGGGUCUAGUGGAUCCGCACCCAUUGGAUGACCUGUACUGGGCGUUCUUCAUCCUCGGUGGGUCGCUAGUUUCGGAGGGUGCGACGCUAGUAGUGGCCAUCAACAGCUGUCGAAGUGGUGCGAAAGCACUUGGAAUGACCUUUAAGGAUUAUGUGGUACGUGGUCAGGAUCCUUGCGUGAACGUGGUCCUAACGGAAGAUGCUGCAGCCGUGCUCAGUGUGGCAUUAGCGGCCACAUGUAUGGGAUUGUCUUCGUACACCGGAUCGCCUAUUCCGGAUGCCGUGGGUUCGCUACUGGUCGGUUGUAUGCUCGGUGGUGUGGCCUCUUUCAUUAUCUAUACCAACGUCGCCGCCUUGGUGGGACGAUCCAUUCGACAGGAGAAUCUCGACCGGAUUAAUGCCGAACUGGAAAGUGACAUCAUGAUCCGAGCGAUCCACGACGUCAAGGGCAUAGAUAUGGGGAACUCUCUGGUUAGGUAUAAGGCUGAAAUGGACUUCGAUGGUCGUGAGCUGACGCGUGUGUAUCUGGACAAGCAGGAUCUGAAUGUGCUUCUGGAGGAAGUCAAAACGUUCCAGACCAUUGAUGAGUUGGAGGCGUUCCUUCUAAAGCAUGGAGAAAACAUUGUGGAUUUGAUGGGAGGUGAAAUCGAUCGCAUUGAAAUGAAACUGCGGAAAAAGUUCCCCGAAAUACGGCACUGUGAUCUGGAGAUUUUGUAAGUCUGUUACACUUCUUUUACGUUACCAGCUCUGUCCUACUUGCAUCGGUUUAAAGUGAGUAUAUGAAGCAACAAACUCGAAAGAACGUAAGAUUGGCAAGUCUAAGUUUGUUUUACCUCGAUAGAUAUAUUUUUACAAUUUACAAAGAAGCUAUGAAAUAAAACUUUAAUUCCAAAUUUGAAUCAAAAUGUAAUAAAGCUAAGUGGUGAUAACAAUGUGGCACCAGCGAGUGGUAGUAUAUUUAUUAAUUAUGCUUAUUAGUACUUAAACAACUGACAAUUCACAAACAACGCUGUAGUGGAGCUUAACCGAUGCCGAUCCAAAAGAAACCGACAGCUUCUAAUAAAGGUUCUGAUUGGACAAAUAGCGAUGGAGAAAAAAGUAGCGGUUACAUCACGACGAUGGACCUAUCUACGUUACUGAAUGUUCAAACUUGUUCCCUGUCGUUAUACUAUAGAAAAUAUGUAUCAAAAAAUGCAGACAUUUGAAACUACGCAACUCAAAUAGAACAGCGAGACAAUACCUAGAUAUUUUGCGGUAAUAAAUAUUUCAAUGCUGACUAAA